CGCGUCCCUUCUCCCGCUCCCCUCCUCCUUUGCCCCGUUCCCUUCCACCCGCGCCCCUCACGGAUUUUUCCCGAUCGCUCCCCGUGCGGCCGUGGCGAAAGUGCGGCCGUUGCGGCCGUGGCGCGGCGGGGCCGUUGCGGCGGCGGCUCCGGCUCCGCUCGGUGCCGCUCCCGGUGCCGCUCCCGGUGCCGUUCCCGGUGCCGGGGCCUCCCUCGCUGCGGGGCGGCCCCCGAGGCUCCGGGCGAUGCCCUGAGGCACCGAAAGCUCCGCCAUGGACGAGGCCGAGGCCGCGGCGGGGGACGCGGCCCCGGCGGCCGCCGAGGCCUCCCCGGGGGACGGGCGGGGGAGGCCCGGGGCCAAGCGGGUCACGUUCCCCUCGGACGAGGACAUCGUGUCCGGGGCUGUGGAGCCUAAGGACCCAUGGAGACACGCCCAGAACGUGACAGUGGAGGAGAUCCUGGCUGCUUACCGCCAGGCCUGCCAGAAGCUCAACUGCCGCCAGAUUCCCAAACUGCUGAAGCAGAUCCAGGAAUUUACUGAUCUGGCUCCCAGGAUUGACUGCUUAGAUCUCAAGGGGGAGAAGUUGGAUUACCGCGCCUGCGAGGCCAUGGAGGAGAUCUUCAAACGGCUCCAGUUCAAACUGGUGGACCUGGAGCAGACCAGCCUGGAUGAGGACGGGGCGUCGGCGCUGUUUGACAUGAUCGAGUACUACGAGUCGGCCACGCACCUCAACAUCGGCUCCAACAAACACCUGGGGGCGCGCGGCUGGCAGGCGGCCGCGCACAUGAUGAGGAAGACCAGCUGCCUGCAGUACCUGGAUGCUCGGAACACUCCCCUCCUGGAUCACUCGGCGCCGUUCGUGGCUCGAGCUCUCCGGAUCAGCAGCAGCCUCGUGGUUCUGCACCUGGAGAACACCUCCCUGUCUGGGAGACCCCUGAUGCUGCUGGCCACAGCCCUGAAGAUGAACGUGACCCUGCGGGAGCUGUACCUGGCUGACAACAAGCUGAACGGGCUGCAGGACUCGGCCCAGCUCGGGAACCUGCUCAAGUUCAACGGGAACCUGCAGAUCCUGGACCUGCGCAACAACCACAUCCUGGACUCGGGCCUGGCCUACAUCUGCGAGGGGCUGCGGGAGCAGCGCCGGGGUUUGGUGACGCUGGUGCUGUGGAACAACCAGCUGAGCCACGCUGGCAUGGCCUACCUGGGCAUGACCCUGCCGCACACGCAGAGCCUGGAGACGCUGAACCUGGGCCACAACGCGGUGGGGAACGAGGGCGUGCGGAACCUGAAGAACGGAUUGAUCGGGAACCGCUCGGUGCUGCGCCUGGGGCUGGCCUGCACCAAGCUCACCUGCGAGGGGGCGGUGGCGGUGGCCGAGUUCGUGGCCGAGUCCCCGCGGCUGCUGCGCCUGGACCUGCGCGAGAACGACAUCAAGACCGGGGGGCUGAUGGCGCUGUCGCUGGCGCUGCGCGUCAACCACUCCCUGCUGCGCCUCGACCUCGACCGCGAGCCCAAGAAGGAGGCGGUGAAAAGUUUCCUGGAGACGCAGAAGGCGCUGCUGGCCGAGAUCCAGAACGGCUGCAAGAGGAAUUUCGUGCUGGCCAAGGAGAAGGAGGAGAAGGAGCAGCAGCAGCUGCAGCACUCGGCCUCCAUGGCGGAAAUUUCCGGCAACGAUCCCGAGGAAGAUCCCGAGGAAAAUCCCGGAAUUCCCGACGGCGCUUCCCCCGCCCCCGAGGAAAACGGGAACGCGGCCGCGGCCGGAGAUUCCAGCUCGGACACCGAGGAGGAGGAGGAGGAUGGGAAGGGCUCGAGGGAGGCUGUGGAUUCUGGGAAUUCCGGGAAUUCUGGGAAUUCCGGGAAUGCCGAGCGCAGGAUUUCCGUCUCCAGCCCCGGCAGAGGCCGCAAGAUCUUCGUGGUGACGCGGGUGGAAAACGUUCCCGAGGGAUCCGGGGGCGCUCCCAGGGAAUCUGGGGCUGUUCCCAAAGAAUCUGGGGCUGUUCCCAAGGAUUCUGAGGCUGUUUCCAAGGAUUCUGGGGCUGUUCCCAAAGAAUCUGGGGCUGUUCCCAAGGAUUCUGAGGCUGUUCCCAAGGAUUCUGGGGCUGUUCCCAAAGAAUCUGAGGCUGUUCCCAAGGAUUCUGAGGCUGCUCCCGAGGGAUCCGGAGCCGUUUCCGAGGGAUCUGGGAUCAUUCCCAAAGAAUCUGGGGCUCUUCCCAAAGAAUCUGGGGCCGGUCCUGAGGGAUCCGGGAUCAUUCCCAAGGAAUCUGGGGCUGUUCCCAGUGAAUCCAGAGUUGCUCCUGAGGGAUCCGGGGCCGUUCCCAUUAAAUCCGAGACUGUUCCUGAAGGAUCCGGGAUCAUUCCCGACGGAUCCGGCGCCGUUCCUGAUGGAUCUGGGGCAAUUCCUGAUGGAUCUGGAGCUGUUCCCAAUAGAUCCAGGGCUGUUCCUGAUGAAUCCAGAGUCGUUCCUGACGGAUCUGGGGCUGUUCCCGAUGGAUCUGGGAUUGUUUCUGGUGUAUCUGGGAUUGUUCCUGAUGGAUCCAAGGUUGUUGCUGGUGGAUCUGGCACCGUUCCCAGCAGAUUUGGAGCCGUUCCUGACGGAUUGGGAACCGUUCCCGAUGGAUCUGGGAUUUUUUCUGAUGGGUUUGGAGCCAUUCCUGACGGAUCCAAGAUUGUUGCUGAUGGAUCUGGGAUUGUUUCUCAUGGAUCUGGGAUUGUUUCUCAUGGAUUUGGAACCGUUCCUGAUGAAUCUGGGAUUGUUCCUGACCGAUUUGGAGCCGUUCCCGACGGAUCCGGGGUCGUUCCCGACGGAUCCGGGGUUGUUCCUGAUGAAUCUGGGGUUGUUCCUGAUGAAUCUGGGAUUGUUCCUGAUGGAUUUGGAGCCAUUCCCAAACGAUUUGGAGCCGUUCCUGACGGAUCUGGGAUCGUUCCCGACGGAUCUGGGGUUGUUCCUGACAGACUUGGAGCCGUUUCUGAUGGAUCUGGGAUCGUUCCCGACGGAUUUGGAGCCGUUCCUGACAGAUUUGGAGCCGUUCCUGAUGGAUCCGGGGCUGUUCCCGGCGGAUCCGGGAUGGUUCCGGCCCCGGUUCCCGCCCUGGCCCCGGCCCGGCCCGGCGGCUCCGAGGGGAUUCCCUGCGGGAGCCCCGCCCGGGACUCGCCGCUCCCCAACGGGCUCAAGGCGGAUUUCGCCCGCGCGCUGCCGGAGCCGGGGCCCGAGGGAGACGGGAAACCGGCCACGUGCGCGGCCGAGCACGAGCUGAGCUGCGCCCGGGACGAGCAGGAGCUGCAGGAGCUGCUGCUGGAGGCCACUCAGGACACGGCGCCGGAGCCGCGCUGAGCAGGUCCUGGAAGGGGGAAACUCCGGAACUUUCCCCUCUUCCAACUCCGCACAAGAUUCCAACCAAACCUCGGGAUUUUCGGGAUUUUUCUUCGGAAAAGGAAAACGACAAAAAAAAACCCACAAAAAAACAACCAAACGAACGGAGAUUUUUCCCGAUUUUUUUCCCGAUUUUUCCCGAUUUUUUCCCCGCCCUCGAGGCAGGGAAGGAGCCUUUGGGGGCUCGGCUUUCCCGGGAAUUCCCGGCGGGAUCCAGGACACUACAGGGACCGGGAACAGGCGGGAAUUUGGGAAUUCCGUCCCUAAAAAAAAAAAAAAAAAAAAAAAUUCCCGGGAUCGGCUGCUUUAUUUAUUUUUAAUUUCCCUUCCUCUCCAGUGGUUUUUGGUUUCUUUGGGAAUUUUUUCCCGGUUUUUUUUUGUUUUUUUUUUUUUUUUUUUUUUCCCUGUCUCUAUUUAUCACCAGCUGCAGAAUUCCCGGGAAAACGGGGAAGGUGGAAAAGGGGGAGGGGCUGGAAUUCCUCAAUCAUCCCAAAUUUCCAUAAAAAAAGGGGGAGGAGGGAGGAUCCAGCGAUUUCCCCUCGGGGAUCUCCCAGCCCGGAAUUCCCGAAAUUUCCCGGAAUUCCCGGGGAAUUCCCAGGGAAUCGCUUUUUUUUCUUAAGUGCAAUAAAAUCUUUCAGGGAGCUGCGGGGGCUGGGGCGGGGAUGGGAAUUCCGGGGGGAUUUUCCCGAUAUUCCAGCCGGGAAUUUUCGCUGGUGUUUCUGGGAUUUGGUUUUGGGUUUUUUUUUUCUGUCUUUCCCCCACUUUUUUUUUUUUUUUUUUUUUUUUUUUUUUCCUCUCGGUGUUUUUUUCCUUCGUUUUUUUCCUCCCCGUGGUGGAAUUUUUGUUAACGGCUGUUUUCUAAUUAAAGGAAUUCUGCAUUCGUCACCCGCCCUCUUUUUGGGGGCUCAUCUUGGAAUUCCAGAAGUUUGGAUGGAUUUGGGGAGAAGGGGGGUGGGAGGGAGGUGAAAAUCCCAAAAAAAAAAAAACCCUGGAACAGGCAGGAAAUCCUGCUGGAA